AUGGGGCAAACCAUACCUGGGUGGAGACGAGGCAGCUCACAGAGCGUGGUGCUUGUCGGCGAGCGAGAGGGGAUGCUUGGCCGGCAGCAGCAGCAGCAGCUACAGCCGCAGCUACAGCAGCAGGCAGGCGGCAGCAGCCUCGCUGGUUCCCCCCACUCCGCCAGUCAAACCGCGUCCGGACAAGUCAAUGCCGGUCAACGGGGCGGCGGUAUGGGCAGCGUUGGUGCAGCCGGCAUGGGCGGCAUGGGCGGCAGGCCGCAGGGGCGGCGGCGGUCGCUGGUGUCGCACUCGGGCGGCUUGACAGCUGGCCUGUCUCCUGGCCUAGCCGCUCGUUCUGGCCUCACUGGGAGCUCUUUUGCCAGUGGUGCCUUUGCUGGUGGUGGCACUGCUAUUCUGGACCGCAGCUUUGGCAGUGAUGAGUCCAUGUCGUCCAGUGGUGAAGUGGUCAACGUGCUGCAUGAUGCUUCAGGCAGUGGUGCUGGCGGCAUGAAGGGCGUCUGUGCCAUUUGCCUAGAGCGUCAACGUGCAGGGAGAGGUCACGCGCUCUUCACAGCGGAGUGCGGGCACACCUUCCACUUCCACUGCAUCACGGCCAACGUGCGCCACGGCCACUCCGCCUGCCCACUCUGCCGCAAGCGCUGGCACGAGGUCCCCUGGAUGGGCCCUCCCCUAGCCGCUCCUCCCCCUGCUGCCCCUGCUCCUGCCCCAGCUACUGCUGCUGCUGCCCUUGCUGCUUCCCCUGCGUCUGCGGCUGCUGGUGCUGGUGGUGUUGCUCCUGGUGCUGGUGGUGUUGCUCCUGGUGCUGGUAUGAUCUCUGCCUUCUCCUCUUCAGGUUCCUCCUCUACCACUACCAUUACUCCUGGCAUCACCACACUCAACUCCCCCUCCUCCUCCUCGUCCUCCUCCCGCCACUCUCGCACCCGCUCCUCCUCUCCCCCAGACAUGCUACUCGCACACUCCCCACGCGGCUCACCCAGUAACCUCCCCUUCCCAGAGCACCGGAUUUCUGCUGUCCCACCUGCUGCUGCUGCUGCGGCUGCUACAGGUGGCACCACUCCUGCAGGAGCAGUUGUGCCUGUCCAGAUGUACCUCCCCCCUGUGGCGAAUCCGUACAUAGAGGACGGACCCGAGAGCCCAGACACCAGCGGCACGUAUGAUUCCGGGGAGAUUCGGGCGGCAGCUGCUGCCGCCCAGUCGAAAGCCUGGGCGGCACUGAGGAGGAGCAGGGGCGGGGGAGGAGGGGGAGCGGGAGGGGGCGGGGGAGGAGGGGGAGCUGUGCCAACAAGUGCUGGUGCUGCUUCCUCACCUGCUCCUGCAGAGAUCAUACCCGCUGCACCCGCACUGGCAGCAGACCCUGACAGCACGACGUCGCUGCAGGAGUGGAUGGGAGGGCGGCAGGGAGCGGCGGCAUCAGACGUGGCAGCAGCAUUAGGCGCAGCAGAUGCCCCCCCAAGAGCCACAUACGGUGAGCUGAUUGCGGGAAGCAGCAGUCUCUCACUGCAAGCACCGCAACUACCACAGGUGCAGCAGCAGCAGCAGCAGAGUCUACUGAGGCAGGCGUCUAUAGUGGCGCAUGAACUGACACUAGGUCGCUCCAGAGCUGCCUCUGCCUUCCCCCGCUCCAAAAGCACCAGCGGCACUGCUGCUGCUGAUUCUGCUGCUGCUGCUGCUGCUGGUAAUUCUGCUGCUGGUUCCCUUACAUCUGGGGAGGAGGCUGGGGAGGCAAGGGGAGGCAAGGCCGGCCCAGCCUAUGCUCCUCUGACACGUGGCAGCCUGCAGCCUCUCGCUGCCAUCCAUCCAGUGCGGCAGCAGAUGCUGCUGCCAGAUGGCGCCGUUUCUCCCACUGCUGGUUUGGUCGCUAGUGCCCCACGUGCUCUCUCACGCCUCUCUGCUGUUGGGUCGGCGGCAGUUGAGUCUGCGGUUUCGGAACCAAGUCCAGAGCUGCUCACUCCAACCUCUGCCCUUGCUGAUGCGUCUGCUGCUUCUUCUUCUUCUUCUUCUUCUGCUGCUGCUCCUCCUGCUCCUCCUCCUGCUGCUACAUAUUAUGAAACGACAGCUACUGCUACAGCCGGGACUGACUGGCCUGAGAGCAGCCGUGCUACAGCCGCUCCAGGUGCAUCAGGUGGAAGAGAGCUUCCUAUCCUUGCAACGGAGACACCACGUCCUACUGCUACGGCCUUUUCAAGUGGCGCUGCUGCGCCAGAGCCAGCAGAUAGUGAGGUACCAGCGGCAGGGGAAGAGACUGGAGCAGAGGCAGCCGUUCAACCCAAGAAGAGCACUGAGGAAGAGGAGUAUGCACGAGCAAAUAAUGCUGCUGCUGCUGCUGCUGCUGCAGCAGCUUCUGAUGCAGAAAACGCCUCGUUCCCUGUCCAGCUGUCCGUGUGCGCGGAGCGCACGCCUCCCCCUUUCAUGGAAGUUUCCGAGUGUUACACCGUGCUGCUCACUCUUAAAGCCCCUCCGCUCGACCCUCCUGCUGCUGACUCCACCACUCCUGCCUCUCCUCCAACCGAACACCACCAGGGCUCACCGCUCCCCACCCCUGCCACCACCGAUGGAACCACUUCCACUAUCACUACUACCACUCCUGCCGCCCACUCAUCAAGAGUACCCAUCGAUUUAGUCACACUUUUGGACCUUAGCGGGAGCAUGCACGGGCCGAAGCUUCAGCUGCUGCAGCAGGCCAUGCUCUUCCUCAUCUCCCAGCUCGGCCCCCACGAUCGGCUCUCUAUAAUCACAUUCUCCUCACAAGCACACCGCGUGACGCCCCUCAGGAGGAUGACGGAGGAGGGGCGGCAGGAGGCGGAGGGGAAGGUGCGGGGGAUGGUGGCGGGGGGAGGGACGAAUAUCGCCCAGGGGAUGUUGAAGGCGUUGAGAGUGGUGGAGGAGAGGAGGGAGCGGAACCCGGUGGCGAGUAUCAUGCUGCUGUCCGAUGGGCAAGAUACCGCCACGUGCAGCCAGAAGGGGUUCGGAUACAGCUCUCUCAACCACCCCAAGCAAACCCACAGCCGCCUACUCCCCAGCCAGAUGACACGCAACAAGUCCUCCUCCUCUCAAGAUUCCUCCUCCUCCCGGCGUCUAGUCCCCGUGCACACCUUUGGCUUUGGUGCCGACCACGACGCUGCCGCCCUGCACGCCAUAGCCGCCGACACAGCUGGCGUCUUCUCAUUCGUCGAGGAGCCGGCCGGCGUGACCGCCGCCUUUGCGCAGUGCCUGGGCGGCCUGCUGUCUGUCGUUAUCCAAGAGGCCAAGAUCUCGUUCGCGGUGGGAUCGGAUCUCCCCGGGUGGCAGAUUGCGGCAGUACAUGCGGGGGGGUAUGCAUAUAGAGUGGGGGAGAAGGAGAGGGAUGGAGCGGUGCUGCUGGGGGAUCUGUAUGCAGAGGAGGAGCGGCACGUGAUGCUGGAGGUGUGGCGGAGACGACACUUGGAGGACAAAUCCCGAGCCAGGGACACGUCAGCAGGAGCAGCACAGCGCGACAUGUGUCGCAUUCUGAGAGCACGGUGCAGCUACAGAUGCCGCCCGCUGUUCCAGGAAACCCACCGCACACCACUGGUAGAGCUGGCCGUAGCACGAGCGGAGGAGGAGGAGGAGGAGGAGGAGGAUGAGGAGGAGGGAGAGGAGGUGGAGGAAGGGUGGGAGGAAGAAGGGCGCAUGUGGGAGGAGGGUGCAGAGGGGGAGUGGUAUGAUGAACAGCAUGGGCAGGAGGAAGGGGAGUAUGGGGCGCACAGCAGCGGGCAUGAUAGCUUUGCGGCGGCGCUCGCAGCAGCAGGCGGGUGGGACAGUGGCGCGCAGGGAAGCAGCAGGCAGGCCAGUGGCAGGCAAGAAGGGGCGUCCCAUGGUGUGUCGCCGCCAGUGUCAGGAGCUAUGGAGUCUGGACGGCAGGGGGGAGAAGGGAGGAGGAGAAAUGCCGAGGUGGCGAGGGUGAGGAGGAAGAAGGCUCCUCCGCCCUUGGCUCUGGAGAGGCAGAAGAACCGAAUUGCCGCCACCAAAUGCAUCACUGCAGCGUUGCAGCAGGCAGAGGCGGGCAGCCUGGCAGCAGCACAGCGCACCAUACAGCAAGGCGUGGCAGCCAUCCAAUCGUCUUAUGCCAUGCAGCAAGGGGAUGAGGCAUCAAUGCAUUUGAUUGACGAGCUGAUGGAGAUCGAGAGACGCAUGUGCAACAUGCAGACGUACAAGGGAGCAGGUCUGGCGUAUGCUCUCUCUGCGCAGUCAGCUCAUCUGCUGCAGCGAGCAAACACGAGGGGGGGAGGGGCCGCAGCAGACAGCACAGCUGGCCUCGACUACAUGACGCCUUCAAUGGUCAACAUGCUGCACAAGUCACGAGCACACAGCGCUGCCUUCACAACAUCCCCCUCCUCCUCCUACCCAUCCUCCUCGUCUCGCCACACUCAUCCUAACCGCCCCACACUCCCUCAAACACACCCUUCACCACACGCCUCACCUCAUCUGGAGGACACGAGCAACAGCAGCAGUGGGUCGCUGGUGCUGCCAGCGCCUCACUCAGGUCCAUUCAUGGACGGCAGGGAGUGUGAAACACCCACGUUUCGAGGCAGAGGGGUGCCAAAAAACGGUAGAGGAGGAGGGGAAGCAGCUGCUGGCGUUGCUGCAGCUGCUGCUGCUGCCGCCUCCUCCAUAUCACCCUCUCAGCCGUUUUUUGACAGCAGACAAGGGACGAACGGGGCAAAUGGGAUGCUCGCUGCUACAGCUGCAGCCCUCCCUCAACCACCCCUGGACGGUUUGAAUGGAGCAAGCUACAGCAACAUCUGCUCCUCUCAGCGUGGUAUUGAUGUCUCCUUUGGCAACUCCUGUGAGCAGCAGCAGCAGCAGCAGCAGCAGCAGCAGCAGCAGCAGCAGCAGCAGCAGCAGCAGCAGCAGCAGGGCGAGACAGAGGAGCUCUUAUUUGGCUCGGCUUCCUUUCAAUCCAGACCGCCAACGGAGGCAGCGUGCCAGACACGCCGACAACAGCAGCAGAAGCAACAGCAGCAGCAGCAGCAGCAGGGAGGAGUGGGGCUGAGAAGGCAGAGGUCUGGCGUGCAGCGCAGCAGCAAGCCGGCUCCCCUGGUGGUGCGCAGUGGGAUGGGUCUCGCUGCUGCUAUGGCCGCCGCUGCUGCAGCUGCAGGGGAUGGCCGGCUGGACUCCUCUGCUUCACUCUCUGCUGUGGCUCAUGCGCUCUCGUCCUCACCUCGUCCCGUGGAAGCAUGA